AUGUAUCGGAUAUAUAAGCAUAAACGGGCGGAGAGAUACGACCUUCGCGAUUACAAUUGUUUCUUUUACUCGUGGACCAUCUUGACAAUCGUUGCAAGGCGCCUAUUGGACAUCGAGUCCCCAUACAUCGCUAAAGACGAGCUGAUGGACCGCUUGCAGCGCAAGGGGCACCUACCCGCCCUUGCAGAGUCCAUCGUAGACUCAGCGGUGCACACACUUCGAGACUCAGUUCUAGCAGCUGUCGGCGUCUUUAGAGAGCAGGAACAAAGACGAGGGGAAGCAUAUCAGAGAAGGCCGGAUGAGUAUCAUCGCCCGAGCUUCAGCUCUCGAUCUCAUAAUUGCGCUACCCUUUCGCAUUCAGCUGUCACGUCGGAAUUUAGAUGGAGAUGA